CCGCAUGCCCCCACAAGCCGGGAGAGGCCGGCCUUGGAAAGCGAGGGAGAGAGGCCCAAACAGCGCGGGCGAAACGCGCCGCGGGCCGCCCCACCAAGGGCAGCUUUGAGAUAAGGCAGCCGCCGCAAGGCAGCCCCAAAUCAAAGGGCAGCCCCGGACCGAAGGAACAGCCAUGGGCUGCACCCCUUCCAAGGAGCAGGACGGCGCGUCGCCCCGCACGCCCGGCAAGGACAAGGCACCACCCCCACCUUCUCCACCUUCGAACUUCACGACGCCCGACGAGAAGACGCCGGCCUGCAACGAGUAUAGAGUAGACGUCACCGCCUCCGGGUUCGGCAUUUGCGUCUGUGGAAGACCGCAAGCGGAGCACUCGGCGGCGUCCCGAUCCAAAAGAUCAGCGUCAAAAAGAUCUUUGGGAGAAGGGUGGAUCGACCCGACGGCGGAAGGUCAUCCCGAGGCCUGCGACGACUUCCGCGUCGACAUCGAGCACGAGACGUUCGGCAUGUGCAAAUGUGGGUUUCCUAGAUCUCAACAUUCGUCUAGAGCUGUUCAGGGAAGAACACAAACGAUGAGGUCCCCAGCUCGUACUGAUAAAAAAGUUUUCAGGGACCCGGAGGAGUUUAUCGACCCCAAGGCGUGCCAGAACUUUGUUAUCGAUGUGGACUCGCCGAUCCAGGACAUGUGCACGUGCGGGGUGAUUCGGAAGCACCAUCCCAUCUCGGCGCGGACGCCGCCGAAGAAGCGACGUAGUACGACGGGCCGCGUGAACGAUUUGGUGAAAAAACAUGAGUCGUUGAUCCUCGACGCGGCGCAGGAGGCCUGGCAGCGGCUGCAGGAGCAGGACGCUUUAGCGAGGGAGACGGACGCGGCGAAAGCUGCUGAGAGGUUGCGGCGUCGAAGGUCCUCGUGGCUGGCUAAAAUAGAACGCGCUAGAAGGGAUGGGCAAUGCGUCGCGCCUCGCUUCGCGAACGUCGCGGCUGAUAGCAAGGAAUUGGUCAUCGAGGUCACGUCGGAAACGCCCGGAGCGUUACUCUACUGGUGCCACGCGAAACCCGGCCAGGACGCGUCGCGGGCCUUCGCCGCCGCCGAGGGCGACCGUAGUAGUCCCACAGCUGGUCUGCGACGGCACGACCCCGCGAAGGACGGCAUUUUGCGAGUUCGCGGAAGGGAGCCGGGGACGCACGUGGUUGUCGCUCGUGCAUUAAAAAAGGGUUUGUUGGACUCGGAACUGGCUUCAGGUGGCUUCCGGCUGGAGCCUCCCAGUUUCUUAUUCACCUCAGCACAUGCCCACGAACUACGGAGUCUGCACUACUCGAAGUCCUCGCCGGACGACCUCGGCUGUUCGGUCUGCGCCGCGAAGCUCGCCCAGGGCGAGGGCUUCACGUGCCAGACUUGUGGGUUUAACCUGUGUCUGAGAUGUGCUUUACCGCACCGCCACAGCGACGACGCGAGUCCGUCCAAAAGACCGCCGCCGCCGCCGACGGAAGCGUCCGUGGCCGUGGACGUCGGGGCGCGGCGGUUAUGGUUGAGUGAUGAUAUCAGAUUCGUGGGCAACGCGGCGACGAUUCUGGAUGAAUCGUUGCCGUUGCUAGAUGCUUUAGGCAAGGCCCUCAAGGCGCACCCCGGCGUCGCGGUCCGAUUGGAGGGCCACACGAAUUCAAAGUGCGGCCUCGAGUGCGACGGGAAGAACAAGUGCGAGAACAGCGCGUGUCGGAAGAACUUCGGCGGGCGGGGCGGCGCCGCGGGCUUCUCGCUAGCUAGAGCGAACGCCGUCCGCGACGCGCUGGUCAAGCGGAACAAGAUCGACGCGGCACGCAUCGAGACGCGGGGCCUCGCCGGGUCGCGGCGCCUCGCGGUCGACACCGAGGGCGACGACAAGCACCGCAACCGGCGCGUCGAGGUGCACACGCUCGAGUUUUAGGUCCUCUUCCUCCCCCUCGAG